AUCAGUGAGGAUGAGAGAGAGAGGUAGAGAGAGAGAGAGAGGGGUGGUUGACGGACGACGGUCACUAGCAAGGCGGACAACACUGAAUCAAGAGCGUGCAGGGUCCCGGGGUAGAAGCAGAACCAGAAGGUGGAAAACAGAGGAACGGAGGGAAAGGCAACACGUUCAGAACCAGACUCGAAAGUGGAAGAAUGAGGGUGCGUAUGACAAGGGAUUAUACAAGCAAGCCACACCAUACUUUUUCUCUAAUUUUCCGGAUGACUGGAGCUAUGCAGACAUGUGGAGAACUUUUCAAAAAUUUGGAAGGGUGUACGACAUUUAUAGUCCUAACAGAAGAAGCAGAAAUGGGAGUAGAUUCGGGUUUGUGAGGUUUUUAGACGUUAUAAAUAAAAGGGAGCUGGAAAUGCAACUGGAUCAAAUUUGGGUUGGAGGCCAAAAGUUAUGGGUUAAUACACCAAGAUAUGAUGAUGCGCAGAAACAAGAAGGGGAAUGGAGGAAGUAUCAAGCUGUUGCCCCAAAAAAGCAAGACAGAAGUUAUGCAGAAGUGGUGCUGGGAUUACAAGUAAGCGGACCAAAAAAGGGAAGCGAUCUGCUGCUCAAUCAAGAGGUAGAAAGAAGACCAACAAGCAGUAGAAUCAAAACCAAAAUUGAACAUGAAAGCUCCGGAAAUAGGAGAGUUUGGAAGGAAAAAGGGAUAGGAAAAAGGUGGGAGGGAAUGGAGUAUAAUGCAAAACCAGAAGAAUAUGAAUGGCUUAAAGGGUGCUAUGUAGGAACGGUUCAUUCCGUUGAGAUGGUUCGAAAUCUCCAGGAGAAAUUUUACAUGGAAGGGUAUUUCUCCUGUCGGGUUAGAGCAAUGGGGGGGAAGAUGGUCUUGUUAGAUUGUGAGGAGAAAGAAGAACUGAAGGAUCUUGUGGAAAUGGCUUCUGAUUGGCUAAGCCAAUGGUUUGAAGAUGUGCGCCCUUGGACACCGGAAUCAGUAGCUAAUGAGAGAUUCGUGUGGGUUAGAUGUCAAGGGACACCAUUAAAUGUAUGGGGGCUGGACUUCUUUGAAAAAAUGGCCUGCUCUUGGGGAAAAUUCAUCUGUUUAGAUGAUAACACAAGCAAAAAAAUGAGAUUUGAUAUAGCAAGAUUCUUGAUCUCUACUCCGAUUAGAAAUACAAUCUCAUUCCUGCGCCAAGUCCAAAUCAAUGGGAGAAUAUACAAUCUGAAAUUCACUGAAGAGGAAUUUACAAAUAGCUUUUUUUCCCUAAAACAUGACUUUUUCCCAGCAUACCAAAGUGAUUCCGUAGAGAAUGAAGGAUGGUCCACUGAAAGUGAGAGGGAGAAACAGGGGUCUGUAUUUGCAGAGGAGUUUGCCCAGGUGAAUGGAAGUGGUCUCCAGGAAGAAGAUGAUGACGUGGCGGGUUGGCAAAGAAGGGGAAUGGAGAAACCUCGGGAACAUGCCACAUCGAGGAAGGGGAAACAGUGCAACUCAGAGGAAAACAGCCUGGAAUAUAUUCAAAAUUUGAAAGAGGUAGUGUUUAUAGUAGGGGCAGAGGAGGAGCGGUUGUUGCAGGGAGACGUUGCUUUGUCAGGUAGAUUGGGCGGUGAGGAGGGAGAACAUCUGGGCCUUAGUGAGCAGUCCGGGCCGAUAGAAGGCAGCAUAAAGUUGGGCCUGGAUGUUAAAUCCAGGCGGGGAGAAAGCAGCUUACAGCUGGGCCUUACCGAGCAUGAUCUGACGGAAACAGAGGGGAAGCUCAAUCCACAAGCUGAAAAUACAGAUUUUGAAGAAUCAACAAAUAUGGGCAGGACGCAAACACAAAAAGGGAAGGAAAUUAAGAGCUGGUCAAUUAUUGAUGGCUCUUCUAGAAAUAAGGAGGUAGAACAGAACAGCUUGGAAUUUGCAGAAGAUGACCCGUUCUGGAACGGUUUUGAAACAGAACAACGAGGCAUAGAAGAAUGGAUCAAGAAGCAAAGAGAAGAGGGCUCAACGAAGAAGAAAAGGAGAAUCAAGAUGUGUAGAUCCGUGUAUGCUAAAGCAAGAGCAGUGGGUAUGGGUCCAAAUUCAAAGAAAGGAAGAAGAAAACAGUGCAAACAAGACGCAGAGGGGAGAUCUGAGCCAAGCUUUCUACCUGGAUCAAAGGGGAAGAUUGCGAGCGACUCGGUAGGUGAUAGCGGGAUCCAGAAUUGUAAUAGAUGGUUGAAGAAGCAAAUGAAGAAUAAUUUAGCACUGGAGAUUUGGGACCUUGCGAAAAAGCUAGGGGCAGUGGCCGAGGAUGAUAGGGAGAUCAUUCAAAGAAUUGAAGAGAUGGAGAGUAGGGACAGCCGAGACAAAGCAGAGAAGACAACUCACGGUUCUGGGGAGGCGAGGAAGAGAAGGCAAAUUAGGGAGUUAGUGAAAAAGGAAAAAGUGGAGUUUUUAGCUAUUCAAGAAACGAAGUUGCAAGUUGUAGAUAAUAGUAUUUGCAGAGGGGUUUGGGGUACAGAUGACAUGGAGUGGAUUUCAAAACCAUCGGUGGGUAUGUCGGGUGGUUUGCUGUGUGUGUGGAACCCUAAGGUAUUAAAAUUGAUAGAGGUGAUUGAGGGAGAUAAUUUUAUAGGAGUGACUGGUGUAUGGGGAGAGAAAGAAAUACUUGUGCACAUUUUGAAUAUUUACUCACCUUGCCAAGUGACGGGUAAAAGAGCCUUGUGGGAGGAAUUGCAGCAUUUAAUUUCGAGUAGAAAUGGAAACUGGUGCCUCGCAGGAGAUUUUAAUGCUGUGAGAAGUAUAGAAGAAAGAGCAGGAUGCUGGUUUUCAGUAUGGGGAGAUGUGAAACAAUGGGGUUUGCGUAGAUCGGUGUCGGAUCACUGCCCUAUUUUACUGAAGGAAGAGAAGAUUGAUUGGGGUCCAAAACCAUUUAAAUUUUUUGACGCUUGGCUGGAGCAACCAGAUUGUAAGGAGAUUAUCAGAACAGCAUGGAAUUCAUGUGAAAUAAAUGGAGGGAAGGGAUAUAAGCUUAAAGAGAAACUGAAAAUGACCAAGAAAGCAUUGAAGGACUGGAGCAGCAAAUCAAUGGCAGAUGUGGAUAGAAAAAUCAGUGAAUCCGAAAUGACGAUAGCAGAAAUAGAUGAACAAGGAGAGAAGAGCACAUUGUCUGAUACGGACAUUGAAAAAAGAAGAAAUUGCUUUUUAGAUCUAUGGAAGCACUUGAGAAUCAAGGAGAGAAUGUGGCAGCAAAAGUCAAGAAUGGCGUGGUUGAAAGAAGGGGACGCGAACACAAAGUUCUUCCAUAGGUGUGUGAAGGGAAGAAGCAGAAGAAAUGAAAUCAACUUCAUCCAGAUAAAGGGUGUACAACACACUGGGGUUCUGGGAAUAAAAAAAGCAGUUGCAGAACACUUUGAAAAACUGUUUACAGAAGAAAAUUGGCAAAGACCGAGACUGGAUGGGAUUAGUUUCAACCAGAUUUCAGGGGUAGACAAUGAACUCCUUACAGCCACAUUUUCUGAAGUGGAAAUCAAACAAGCUAUAUGGGAUUGCGGUUCCUCAAAAUCCCCAGGCCCAGACGGUUUCAACUUCAGAUUUAUUAAGGAGAUGUGGGAAGACAUCAAAUCAGAGAUCAUCGAUUUUGUACAAGAGUUUCAUAGGCUCGGACGACUUGUAAGAGGAUCGAAUGCAUCCUUCAUUGUCUUGAUUCCAAAAGUUGAAAACCCACAAAGGAUAGAAGAAUUCAGACCCAUUUCGCUCAUUGGGGUCAUGUAUAAGAUUAUAGCUAAACUGCUGGCAAAUCGCCUUCGGAAAGUGCUGCCAAAAAUCAUCGGGGAACAGCAAAUGGCUUUCAUCGGGGGUAGACAGCUAGUGGAUGGAGUUGUGAUAGCGAACGAGGUCAUUGAUGAGGCUAAGAAAAAGAAGAAGAAGAGCUUCCUGUUCAAAGUGGACUUUGAGAAAGCUUAUGACAAUGUCUGUUGGGAUUUCAUUGAUUAUAUGAUGAGGAGAAUGGGAUUCAAUACAAUCUGGAGAAAUUGGAUACGGGAAUGUUUAGCAUCGAGCUCGGUUUCAGUUCUCAUUAAUGGAAGCCCAACAAAUCAAUUCCCGAUUAGCAAGGGGAUAAGACAAGGUGACCCGCUAUCACCCUUCCUAUUUUUAAUAGUAGCUGAAGGAUUAAAUGGGCUAGUAUCCUCUGCAGUGGAGAAACAGCUAUAUAAAGGAGUGACAGUGGGGAAGGAAGGAGUCUCGGUGUCACACCUUCAAUUUGCGGAUGAUACGAUUUUUUUCGGAGAGGCAUCGGACGACAAUAUCGGGGCUAUUAAAAGUAUAAUGAGAACUUUUGAGUUGGUGUCUGGUCUUAAAAUUAAUUUUGGGAAGAGCCAAUUAAUGGGGAUUGGGGUUGAAGACAACUGGAGAAAUAAGAUGGCUUGCAGGUUGUGUUGUAAGGAAGGGGAGUUUCCAUUCAAAUAUCUGGGGAUCCCAAUUGGAGGUAAUCAUAAAAGAGUGGCAAUGUGGAAGCCAAUGGUGGAUUCAUUCAGAAAAAAACUAUCUACUUGGAAGGGUCGGUAUCUAUCCUUGGGAGGCCGUAUCACGCUCAUUAAUUCAGUGUUGUCCAGCCUGCCUGUGUUCCUCAUGUCAAUAUACUUAAUCCCGAAAGGUAUACUCUACUCUAUUGAUAAAAUUCGUAGAAGUUUUUUAUGGGGGGGUGGGGGUGAAGAGAGAAAAAUAAAGUGGGUCAGUUGGGAUAAGGUGUGUAAAAAAAAGGAGGAAGGCGGGUUGGGUGUGAGGGAGUUGCGGAAGUUUAAUCUAGCAUUGUUGGGUAAAUGGUGGGGACGUCUUGCUGAAAAUAGGGAGGGGUUGUGGAAACGAGUAAUUAUAGGGAAGUAUGGAGAGAGGGGGGGACAUUGGAUGGACUGGAUUAAAGAAAAAGAAGGACUAGGCUCUUCAUGGUGGAGGGAUGUAUGCUGCAUUGAUAAAUUGGAUAGGGAGAGAGUAGGAUGGCUGUCGGAAGGUUUUAGAUUAAAGCUUGGGGAUGGGAAGAGGGUGAGCUUUUGGUGGGAUAACUGGUGCGGGGUGGGCCAUCUUGCUAAUAAAUACCCUAGAUUGUAUUUGAUAUCUACAGGAAAGGACAACAAGUGCCACCAAAUGGGAAAUGACGGAAAUGAACAAUGGAGCUGGAACCUCCAAUGGAGAAGAAAGCUAUUUGAAUGGGAGAAUGAAGAGGCAAAGGAACUCCAACAAUGGAUAGAAGACAAGAGAAUCAAGCAAGGAAGGCCUGACUCGUGGGAAUGGGUCCAUGACAAGGAUGGACAAUACUCCACUAAGACAGCAUACUCAAUCCUAACAAAGGAUCAGAUAGAAACAAAUGAGAUCUCGACAUUCAAAAGAAUAUGGAAUCCCAAAUUUCCAAGUAAAGUCUCAGCCUUCAACUGGCAACUUUUGCUUGACAGAAUCCCAACAAAAGUAAACUUGAUCAUUAGAGGGAUUCUUGGAGAAUCAGAUGAUGGCAAAUGCGUCUUUUGCAAAGAGGAAGAUGAAGACUCCAAACACCUAUUCCUGAAAUGCAAAAUAACCAGUUGGGUGUGGCAAGAAUGCGCUAAAUGGUGGGGAACAGAGAUUCGGUUGGAAAGGGAUUGCUGGAAUUCAUUUCAAAGGUUUGGGAAAUGGAGCAAAGAUCCAAAGGUAAAAGAAGGCUGGGAUUGCAUUUGGAGUACUGUAAUUUGGACAGUGUGGCUUGCUCGAAAUCAAAUGAUUUUCCAAGAAAAAAAAACUGACCCGAGAAAGUUGCUGGAAAUCAUACAAGUGCGAUCCUUCCAAUGGAGUACUGCAAAUCUGGACAGGUAUGCUUUCACCCUCACAGAUUGGCUUAUUAACCCAGUAGAUUGUCUUAAAAGUCUCCAUGCUGGUCGGAAAAAGAGGGUCUGAUGAGGAGAUAUAGGGCUGUACAAUUUUGCUUAGUAUAGAAAUGGAGUUGGGUCAUGAUGGACACAUUGAGCAGCUCUUUGACUAUAGUCUACUCCUUCAUGGAUUGAGAGGGUUAAAGUAGAAGUAGUCAAUGCAUGCUCAAUGAUGUGAUUGCAAGUGGAAUUCAAUAUUGGGAAGAUUUUGAUGAUCUGUGCAGGGUGAUAUGAAGAUUA